CGUCAUCUACAAGUCUUCUCUCCCUUUAAUGGUCUUUUAAAGGUCUCACAGGCUCAUCUCUCAAAAGUUGUAUCACGCUUUAUGCAGUCCGGUCUGAAAUGUCACCACCAGAGUUUGCCACUGUCAAAAGAACCUUUCUGAAAUUUAUGGAUGAGGGAGGGAAGGUGUGGUUCUUCAAAUCGAGGCACGGAACCCGGCAUUGGUGUUAAUAAUGGUGCAGGAACACUUCAUCGAUUUGAACGCGCAGAAGAUCGUCGUGCUCCACAAUGGGAUUGUUACAGUCGCAGCUGGAGAGAGCAUUUGGUCUGACCAUAUCAUCGAGCGCUUAGAAGAGAGGAUUAUCAAUGGGGAAAACUUGACGCCAUCAAUGUGUUCGGAGUUCACCAAUUUUUUCUUGAACAACCCCAAUGGCUUCAAUAGGGGUCCAGGGCUUCCAGACGACUUCAACAUCAACGACAUUGAGAAAUGCGAUAUCUUGUUUGCGGGAUUUGUUCCUGACCCUUGUAAUGAUGAAGGAUCUCGCCCUAGCUUAUUCUUCGGGAAUAAACAUGAUUCCAUUGAGAUAGUCGAUGCAAACCGAGAUAUUGCUGACCUCCCAGAAGGAGAAUUUGUUACAACAUUUGCAGCCGUAGGAACUGGGGAUGACUUUGCUGAACAUGUUCUCGGACAAAACGUGGACUCUCUUGCUGAUGGGAGGCUUAUGCGAGAUGUGCAUGCCAGAAAAAUCUUGAAGGCAAUGCGUGCCGCUUUUCUUGCAGAUCCAGAAAACACUGGUGGGUUUGUCAACAUGGCACAUGUAACCAGACGUGGCCUUGGUGGUAUGAUUAGGUUUGGCCCUGAUCUUGGGGAAGAGAUACGCCGGUUGAAGCGUGCUGAGAACAGAAUGAGGAGGAUUCAUGAGAAUAGAAUGAGGAGGUUGAGAAUGCUAUGCAAGUUGAACCGUUUUCGAUAUGCAAGAUGAAGGCAAGAAGAAGAAAGAGUAGUUAAAGAAGAGAAGAAACUUUUUACUACCUGUUUAGGAGAAUUAUUUUUACAAAUAUAUAUUACUAGGAUUUUUGAAGUCAAAGAGGAAGGGGAUUAAACUGGUAUAUGAAUAUUCUCUGUUUUCCAUUUAAAAAAUCGUCCUGGGCUUUUGGAAACAUUGAGAUCUUUGUUUUCCUCUUUGUUUUAUUUCGUGGCAGAGGUUUUAAUGGGAUUUGGCACGAGGUUUUGGUUAGUUGUUUAAAAUGAAUAUCUAUUAGUAGGUUUUUCCUAUG